CGUGCCGGCUCGCACAGGAAGAAAACCCGGGCCUCCGGAUCCGCCCGUCCGGCCAUGCUGCUGCGGCCGCUGCGAGGCUGGGCCGCCGGGGCGCUGCGCCUCGUUAGGCCGGGGAGCCCCAGGAGCCCCGCCUCUGGGCCCCGGCCGCGGGGUGCGCAUCGCGGAGCCUGGUCUCCGGAUAGAGGACAGGAAAAAGAGAAAAAAUCAGUGAUCUGUAUCGAGGGCAAUAUUGCAAGUGGGAAGACGACUUGCCUGAAGUUUUUCUCCAACACAACAGAUGUUGAGGUGUUAACAGAACCUGUGCACAAGUGGAGAAAUGUCCAUGGCCAUAAUCCUCUGGGUCUGAUGUAUGACGAUGCCAGUCGUUGGGGCCUCACACUGCAGACAUACGUGCAGCUUACCAUGCUGGAGCAGCACAUGCAUCCUCAGAUGACACCUGUACGGUUGAUGGAGCGAUCGAUUUACAGUGCAAGAUACAUUUUUGUAGAAAACCUGUAUAGAAGUGGGAAGAUGCCUGCAGUGGACUAUGUGGUUCUGUCGGAAUGGUUUGACUGGAUCAUCAGGAACAUUGAUGUGUCCAUCGAUUUGAUAGUUUAUCUCCGGACCACUCCUGAAACUUGUUACCAGCGGUUAAAGAUGAGAUGCAGGGAAGAGGAGAAGCUCAUUCCUCUGGAAUACCUGGAUGCUAUUCACUGCCUCUAUGAGGAGUGGCUCAUCAAAGGAAGCCUUUUCCCCGUGGCAGCCCCUGUUCUGGUGAUUGACGCCGACUACCACAUGGAGAAAAUGUUAGAACUCUUUGAACAAAACCGGAAGCGAAUAUUAACUCCCGAGAAACGGAAGCAUGGCCUCUAGGACGGGAAAGGCCUGUAGGGUCAUGCCGGAAAAAUGCUCGCAGCUGCCAAGUUAGCCAUUAGAAGCAAUUUGGAAAAAUCCACUCUCUGGAGGGCUUUUUAUCUGGUCAGAUUUAUUUUCCUAAUGGUCUUUUCUCCUUUGCCAGUGUCUUCAUCAUGGGUUUCUGCCCCUUGUGGGUGAAUGACAGAUGAGGCAAAUGGGUUUGUCAUGCUCUUUGGUGUCUGCAACCUCACAGUCCCCUUGGCACCUCUUCUGGUGGCUUCCCCUCAUGAAGUCACCUGUUGUGUGCUUGACGUCACACUGGGCUCUGAAGACAAAUGUCUUACCCUUCAGACCACUCAGGCAAGCAAGAUAGCAAUUUUCCACCCCAGGGAAGGAAUUUGCAGCUCAGAGAAGUUAAGGGACUCCCCAGGUCACAUAGCCAUUCAGACUUUUGGCUGACUCCAAAACUUUCUUCUGCAUGAGGCUGCCUCCUCCUGAGAGCUAGCCCCCCACAGCCCUGCUGCUUCCUGUUGGAGGCGCUUGCAUCUUUGUGAAGAGAGCUGGUAGUUAACAGAGCUAUCAUUUUCUUGCCAUUGAGCAGUUCUCAAGGACAGUCAGCAUUUCUGGACUUUCAUAAAAUUGUGCUGUGUUUGGCUGGAUCCCAGUGUUCAGUGGCUUCCCAGUGUGAGGCCGCUGCCCGUCUGCCACCUUGUCAUCUGGACUUCGACACUUUAGGAAAACCAAGUGUUGACUCCUGAGGUGGUGCUCAUUCUCCUCAGUGAUUGAGGUCCUGCUUGAGCUGCUGCCAGUUCCACGUCAGGGAAGUAGCUCUUGGCACCUGGCUGGUUUGGCCAGUGCCAAGCUGGGGCGGAGGAUAGCCAGCCCUGGCUUCUGAGGCGCUCUUACUCCUAGGGUCCUUAUAUAAGAAGCUUUUCUCCUGGAAUUACUGAGAGUUUGUGGCCCAAAGGGAAAGACACAAGUGGUGUUAUGUGUUUUAAAAGUGUUUUUGUACCUAAGGGGUCACCUUGGGCCAUAGAACUUGAAACCAUCUUUAUUGGUUCAGAAAAUUACCGAAAAGUGUUUUUCCAUCCAAGUGGGCACCUUGGGCUGUAGAGUUUGAAACCUUCUUUGUUGGUUUGGAAAAUAUCAGCUGUUCCAAUACAUUGAAGGCACAGCUGUCUCAUAGAUCAAGUAGGGAGCAAGAGAAGGGAAGAACAUUCCCUCUAGGGACAGUCUGGACAGGAAAGUUGAGUUUGCAAACAAAGACUUUGGAAGUACUGCUGGUCCUAAUGCCAGUGGAGAGGGGCAGAGAGAGCUUCCAGAAGACUGGCUGCAAACCCAGGGAAGGAUUAGUGAACUCUGGAGAAAUAGGCUGUGACCUCUCUCAGAGCAGUUGGCUGUGAAUGACGGUACCAAGACUGCUCCCUGGCCUCUGAGUGUGGGCAUCUGUGCAUGCCAUGCUCUGACUACACAGGUGACAGGGCCAGCCUCAGAGAGAGGGUGAAGAAGUCAAGGGCUCCAGCUCCUGGUCCUUCUUCUUUGAACCAGUUCUUAGGCUGUGUCUGCAGAAUGAGGGGCAGCAGCCAAGUGCGGGCAUGUCUGUCAGCACCUGUAGCCCAAGUGUCCAUGAUUAAACAAAACUGGGAAAGGCAGGAACCUUUGCUACCAGGAGUCUUGGUAUGUUGGGUCUGUCUUUGGGAAUUUAUAAACAAAUAGUCCAGGCUGGUCCGAGUGCAAUGGUGUUUACAGCAAAUUGAUCACAACCAGUUACAGACUGAUUUCUUUGUUACUUCUCUGCUCCCACUGCUUCAAGUCGACUAGUCUUUAGAAAAUAAAAAUAAACAGUUCAAUAUUUCCUGUCA